CGACUUCUCGUAUGUGGGGUACAAGUGUCCAUUCAAGCUGGAACGUUUGUCAAUUUUGCCAUCACAAACAGCAUAAUUAUAGGCACAAUUAUGGAAACUUAUGGGACACGAGCCCUCACUUUGGGCGCCAUAAUGUUCAUCUGCCAGACGACAUGUGCUGAAUGGAAUGCAACAGAUGGGCUUUAUCAACGUUAUAGUUUUAGCCCAGGCAACACGAGCAAAGCUCUUCCCCUGGCCAUAACCCAAAGCCCCCCGACCCAGCAAAAUGAAAGAUUCACAGAGCCAAAGCCAGAGUCGAUGGUGUCUCUUUUGGCGCGCAGCUCUGUCAUAUUUGGUCUAACCAAAGUGGUCAAUGAGAGCCGAGUGAGUGGAAUGUGUUACGCCCAGUUGCAGCAGAUUCAACGGGCCAUACUGAACAAACAGGCGUGGGCUAUGAAAGUUCUUGAUGCGUCAGGGACGAAGCCAUCGGGCUUUGUUUUUGGCCAAAACUAUUGGUUGGGUAGCAGGGAAGCCUGCCAAGCCGUGCAGCGUCCAGUGGGAAUCACUCUGUCUAGGAACUACGAGAGAGCCAUGCACUACAGCAUUCUCACCCAGAGCGCCCCGUUUGAAAUGGCAUAUCGAGUGAUCUAUUUGCGCCAUAGGUCGCCUUGGCAGGUGGAGAUUAAAUUAAUGUCAGAGCAAAUCCUACACAUUGGCCUGUGCCUGCCCAGUUCGUGCCAGUCGGAAGAGAUCAAGCAGUUGGCCAGAGACUAUGUGGCCGAUCCCACCUUCACCGACAAUGAUAUCUACGAUAUGAAGCCUGAUGUGCUUUAUGUAAAGGACUUGAAGCUUAGUGAGAAGUUCUUCCAGCGACGAACCUUUAAGCUAGUGGUGGGUUCUCUGCUGGUCACAGGAGCACUGAUAUUGUGCGCUCAGAAAUUGCGACUUGCACAAAAUCAGAAGGACGAGCCGGAUCCCGCGUUAGGUCUAGCUCCUGUAGAAUCCGAAAUGUGGCGUACAUUGGAUUUGAUUUUAAAAUGGCAGCCGCUGCAGAAGUUGGUGGCGUGCUUUGAUCUGUCUACCAACUGGCGGAAGAUCUUUGCUGUAAAGGAGACCAGUGGCAGUGAGAUUCCCAUCAUGAAUGGCCUCAGAUCUGUAUGUGCCAUCUGGAUAUUGAUAUUUCAUGUGGUUUGGUACAUGUACUUCACGGUUCACAAUAAGACGGUACUUAUUUCGUAUGCGGAACAGAUCUUCUUCCAGUAUGUGUCGUCCGCUCCACUUCUCGUGGAUGUGUUUUUUACUAUAAGUGGGUUCUUGCAGACAUACAACUUUUUACGCAAUGGACAGCAAAUGGAGGCAGUUCGUCGAAACGGUCUGGGAGGCAAUUUAAAGCUAUUUGGUAAACUUCUCUUUCAUCGUUAUCUACGAAUCGGUCCACUCUAUCUCAUUGUUAUGGGCAGCGUGGACUUGGUCUUUGCUUAUAUGGGCGAUGUCUCUGUAUAUCAUGUCAAUGAGAGAUUCGACGAGCUCUGCACUCAACACUGGUGGCGCAAUUUGCUCUUCAUUCAAAACUUGUUUGAUCAUCGCGAACUCUGCGUUAACUGGAGCUGGAGUCUUGCCUGUGAUAUGCAGUUUUUCCUGCUGGCCAAUAUCGUCCUGUUUCUCUAUGCCAAGCAUCCGAGAUACGCCAAGUAUCUGGUGGUUACUGCACUUCUGGCAACCAUAACCUGGUCCUACGGCAUUGGCAUUAAAUAUAAAUUUGAAUUCUCCUUCGAUGCCACAUAUGCCACGGGCACGCAGAUCUACACGAGUCCGUUUGUUCGCAUCCUGCCCUACAUUGUUGGUGCGAUCACUGCCUGGUGUUUACUCGAGAAGCGCUUCCACUAUGAGCUGACUGAGUCGCAGACUCACUGGCUCUGGCACUUCUGUUUGCUGGUCUUCAUCAUAUGCAUUUACUCCACGGUAAAAAGGGAUUUGGGUUAUCUGAUCACCAUAUCGCUGUUUGUACUGGGACGAUUAAUCUUUUCGUUGACCGUUUCUUGGAUGGUUAUCGGAAGCGCCACGGGCAGUGGGGUUUGGUGGUCCCGCCUGCUCGAGGACAAGUGUUUCCAACAUUUGAACCGUCUGUCCUAUGGAAUUUACUUGCUUAAUCCGUUGGUAAUUGCGUUUGUCUACAGCCUCACAAGUUCUAGCACCCAUGCGGAUCCCUUCAUGCUGUCUGUGGUCUGCUGUGGCUUCACCAUUAUUGUCUAUUUUGCUGCCAUUAUGUUUUCGCUCCUUUUCGAAUUGCCAUACAGCAAUUUGUCAAGUCUUCUGCUGCGAUCGCAAGGGAAGGUGAAAAACGCUUAAAAUUGUGAUUAUCUGUGUGAAUCUAAGUCAUUAAGUAAUAAGAAGUAUUAAUUGUUA